AUUCAUAACAGUUAUUUCAUAAUUAUUAUUAAUCGCGCGCUCUGAUUGGUCGAAAUGCCACUUUUUAGUAAAUAAGAGGACAUACCAGGGCAGCACGCGUCAUACGUCUUUCACCGUUGUGAGUGUGAGUCCAACGAGCCGGGUCGCUGGUUCGAGCCCUGCGGCCGCCACAUGUGAAUUGAGUUUGUUUGAUGUGUUGUUCUCUCCUAUGCUACAAGGGUUUUCUCCGGGUUCUCCAGUUUCCGCUCCGUAAAAAUCAACAUGUGAAUUGAGCAUUGUGCGCAUAGAAUAUUGAAUGUAGUGGGUAGUGUGUGUAAGUGAAAACUGUCCCCAAUUAGCUAUGUGCGACAGUGUUAAAACGACUAGACACUAAAAUAACGUCAAGAUGAUUACAAAUCGCUCUCUCACGGAGCCAGCGCGCUAGAAACCAUGUGUUUUUCUUUUGCAGUAGUGAAAACAAAUUUCCGAUGGUUUUUUGUGGUAUGUCAUCUUUUUAUAUAUUACGUAUACCACGAUAUGAAUUCAACAGUUGGUCAAAAUUAGAUAUGUAUACACUUGACUACGCCUCGUGAGUACAUGACACUGAUUUGAAGCAACUGUUGACGUAAUAUUGUGGUAAAUAAGACGACGUACUAUGCAAAUGUUUCGAAUAUUUUGCCAUGAGAAUGGUCAUUCAGUUCCGUAGGAAAAACUUGUUUAUUAAGAAACACAGCGGUAAUUUGGAAAUCGAAAAGGGUCUAUUAAUUAACAUAGCUUAUUGUCCCUUAUUAAAACCGUCUUAGAAAAAACUGAACAUAUUUAGAAUAAAAAGCGACCUUACAGCAAUUGAUAAACUAAUAUUUGUUCACAGAUCUCAAAGUUAAUGAAUAAUAUACACUACUUAUAUUGAGGCAAUAGAAAACGCGCGAGCGUGCUGUGCAAACGCGGGAUUUGGCCGAACAUGAGAGAAGUCGGUUCAGGGAGAAAACCAACGCACUUCUUCAUUCGUUUUUAAAAUUUAUUUCAUAAAAUAAAUUAUUCACACUGAUUUUAAAUAUUUCAUGACAACGCAAAAGGAAGGAAAAAAAGCUUUCCAAGUUGCUGGUAAACUAACAUGAGUGGGUAUAUAGUUGAUUGGAUACUUGUCUGAGCCGACGAUGAUGACGGACGUACGGGUAGGCAGACAUCUGGAAAAGUUGCUUUAAAAAUAAUUGAACUGUCUUGAAAAUGCAAUGACGCUGUUAAUGAAUGUAACACGUUUCAUAAUUGCUCAGAACUCUGUGCCGGAUUUGCCGUGCAUAUCAGUCUGUAUUUGUGCCCUCAUCCAAGAUAUUAUUACUAUCUACUGAUAGGUAAUGGCAUAAUAAGUGAAAAAAAGGACACUAUCUCUAAGGACUAAAUAUGAAUGGAACGAUUGACUUAAGCAGUUCUAAUCAAGACCUUUCAAGUACUGCUUCGGGUGAUCAACUACAAUAUGUAGAAGACGAUAAUAGCUGGAGUGAAACCUCGGACAGCUGUAGCUGUUCUUCCUGUGGUACUUGUUCUAUGUGUGACAUUUGUAACGUUGAGGAUUUUCGUUUAAACGUAGGAAAUAAGAAAUCUUAUGCUGAAAGAGAAAGCGCUUUUCAAGAAAGCAAUAGACUUCCGUUGUCGUCUUUGCAAGAGGAUCAACCUAGCUUACUUUCAAUCAAAAACCAAAACCAUUAUGAAACAAGUAAGGGUCUUUCAUACACUUCACGAUGUUCAAGUAAGAAUAAGAAGCAUGCAAAUAGUGAUAGGAACUGCACAAUUACAUCUAACUUACAAGAUCCUAUAAAAAUCGUAGAAUCGAAUUAUGUCCUGUACAGCUCCGGUUCAGAUAAAGAAAGAAACAGUUCCUUUUCGAGUUCUGUCAAUUCAGGCAUUAUAAACACCGCAGACUCCAGCUCUGAAAACAGUAGCACUGAAUUUUUUACUGGCCUGCCCUUGAACACCGAGGAAAGACCGAAGCACGAGAAAAAGGUUACCUUCUCAGAGACUUUUAACAGAGAUACGCCAAGUGUAUGGCCUUGUGAGAGAAAUUUAUCAAACGAAAUGCAAAACCCAGUUAAGGUACCAGGACAAAGCUAUGGUUCUUUAAGUGCCGGUAGUUCGAAAAAACCCAUUGAACGUUUAGACCCGAAAACUGAACUAAUUUCUGAAUGCAUAAGACUGCAGAGUGUCCUUAAGAACAUAGAUCCCUUCCUCUUACGUUCUUUACUGCUGCAUCAGCUGGAAAAGAAAGAUGCUCGAACGAUUCUAACUUUAGGAAAAUUAUUUCCUACAAAAAUAUACCCUCUUGACACAAUACACUGUGUUCGCUGCCACAAUGAGUAUAACCCAUUCACUGGAAGGAUGGGCUGCAAAGUUACACAUCCUAUCAAUGCUAUAGCAAGAUUAUGUCAAAAUGAUCAAUUAGCGUGUUACAGUUGCGCUGUCUGUAAAAAGGAGUAUUGGGUGAACAUACUGGAAGAUGACGUAUCAAAAGUAAUAAAUCACCUUGGGUAUUGUUUUGUUGGCACUCAUUCACCAACUGUAGAUGAGGUAAGCUAUUUCCCACAAGGAGCAGCAAAAAGCUGUGAAGAUAUGGGAUGUAUUGAGUUUUACGUCUGAUUUUACCUGCCUCAUGUAAAAUAUAUAUAUAUAACCUCCACAGACCGAAGGAGCAACUAAAACUAUAUAUCCCAGCCAAAAUUGUAGCUAAGAGAAUAUUUAGAAACGGAGAUACGAGCGAAUGACUAUACUCAUAAUUUAGUGUACAGGGUCCGCCAUCUUUGUGUCCCAUUGAGGGGCACGAAAGAUGCGGCCAAAUCAAGAAAGUUAAAAAUCAUGUUUCUAUUGCACCCACUUCAAAAUGUUAAUGUUAAUAAUCAAUAAU